AAGCUGCGUGAAGGCGUGCUCAGAGACAUUGAGAGACAGCAUCGGAAAGAAGAAAACCUUCGCCUCUUGAAGGAAGAGAUCGCUUUAACGAAACGACUCGAAAUGGAAAGAGACAACAUGCUGAUGGCGAAAGGACCCCAGCAGUGAAGGAGAAGGGCUGAUAUGUCCCUUUUCAUUUACGUUUACUGAGCUUACAUCUUGAAGGUGCUUUAAAUGUGGGUUCUUUGCGCACCAGGAAGAGCUCUGCCAGGGCACAAUGGACAAUAGUGUGUAUGUGGGUGAGAUGAUGAGUUGUCACGAUGAUGAAGCUACUAGAACAUCAACGUCAGAAGGACUGGAAGAAGGGGAAGUGGAAGGGGAGACGCUCCUGAUAGUGGAGUCUGAAGAUCAGGCAUCAGUUGAUUUGUCUCAUGACCAGAGCGGGGACUCCUUGAAUAGCGAUGAAGGAGACACAUCCUCCUGGAUAGAGGAGAUGUCCUACUACUGUGAAAAA